AUGGGAGAUUUCAAUACCAAAAUCGGUAGAGGAAGAGUUGUGGAUGUCAUUGGAGAGCACGGACUAGGACAGCAAGAGUUGCAAACAUCACACAGUAGAGAUAAGGGAGACAUAAACAUCGAAUGGGAGAAAAUUAAAGACACAAUUCUUGAAAUAGGAAACAAAGAGUUGGGCUGUAAGAAUGAGAAAAAGAAAAACGAAUGGAUGACCGAUGAAAUUAUCGAAUUAAUGAGAUUAAGAAGAGAGGCUAAAACCACUGAAAAUAACAGAUACAAAAGUAUACAUCGGGAAAUACAAAAGAAAGUAAAAGAGACAAAAGAACACUGGUUGAAUGAAAAAUGUACCGAAAUUGAACAACUGCAAAAAGUACAUGACUCCUUUAAUAUACAUAAAAAGGUUAAGGAGAUCACUGGAAAUUAUAAAAAGAGGAACACAACUGGUGGACGAUGA